AUGGCGUGCUCAACCCUGUUCGGAGUUUCCCUGCUGGCUUCCUUCAUCGCCCUCGGUCUCGGCGUCAGCGUGACGUUGGAAGCAGAGGCGUUUGCCGGCAAGCUGGACGAGAACAGAACCAUUUAUAGGUCAAACGCAGGUAAUGUCAGAAAUGUCCUGCUCUUCAUGGGUGAAAGCAUUGACAUGACGUUCUGUUUGGGUUCAGACGACAACGUCCUGAUUGAAAACCUCUACUAUUCCAACGACGGCACCGAGGACGUCUUCAGUCUGGAACUUGACGGCAAACUUAUCGGAAGCGUCACUGGUUACGAUAGCACCGACUUUGGCAACAAUUGGAAUUCCAUUUCCGCGUCAGGAAAGGUUGGUGAAACUAUCGAUCUGGCCAGCGGGGAGCACACUCUGAGGGUCUUCGUUGAAGCCCAGGACGAAAGCAAGGACGACGGUUACGGCGUUGAGCUCGACCGCAUUGUCCUGGACGUCGCGUACAACAGCGACCUGUCAUGUCCCGAAAGCACAAGCGCUAACACCGACAGUCCGACCACAGUCACCGAGGAGACGUCGACGACGUAUUUGAAGGAGUCAUCGACGACGAAUGCGGAAGAUACGACUGAGGCUGAAACGACGACCGCGUCUGAAGGCGACUAUUAGGAGGCACAGUGUUCGUCAGAGAGCAUCAGAAAUGCCUUGCAUUGUGGUGCGACAUUAAUAUGUACCGCGGCGUUAUACAAACUGGCACUGCGGGACAUCAUCAGAAGCUUGAUUGAGUUCGCCUCCUUAAACACAGACCAAAGAAACAAUGGUGUGCCUCCGCAGGACAUGGUUUCAAAUAAACAUCAACAUAAAA